AGGAUGAAGAUGAUGACGAGAUGGUGGAGCCAAAAGCACAGGAUGACUUGGAGAUGGAAAAUCAAGACCAGAAGCAGGAAGUGAAAGAAGCUCCUCCUAGAGAACUGACAGAAGAAGAAAAACAACAAGUUCUCCAUUCAGAAGAAUUCCUGAUAUUUUUUGACCGGACAAUACGUGUAAUCGAGCGAGCGUUGGCUGAAGAUUCAGACAUCUUCUUCGACUACAGUGGCAGAGAUGUAGAAGAGAAAGAUGGAGAUGUUCAAGCAGGAGCCAACCUUUCCUUUAACCGUCAGUUUUAUGAUGAGCACUGGUCGAAGCAUCGCGUCGUCACCUGUAUGGAUUGGUCUCUGCAGUACCCCGAGCUGAUGGUUGCAUCUUAUAACAACAACGAAGACGCUCCACAUGAGCCUGAUGGGGUAGCCCUGGUAUGGAACAUGAAGUUCAAGAAAACCACACCGGAAUAUGUUUUCCAUUGUCAGUCCUCCGUGAUGUCUGUCUGCUUUGCCCGCUUUCACCCGAACCUGGUCGUCGGUGGAACGUACUCUGGCCAAAUUGUCCUGUGGGAUAACCGCAGCCACAGGCGCACUCCGGUUCAGAGAACUCCCUUAUCUGCUGCUGCUCACACGCAUCCCGUGUAUUGCGUGAACGUCGUCGGGACGCAGAACGCGCACAACCUCAUCACCGUCUCUACGGAUGGCAAAAUGUGCUCCUGGAGCCUGGACAUGCUCUCAACUCCACAGGAGAGCAUGGAGCUCGUGUACAAUAAGUCCAAACCCGUGGCGGUUACAGGAAUGGCUUUCCCAACCGGAGAUGUCAACAACUUCGUCGUCGGCAGUGAAGAGGGAACAGUCUACACGGCCUGUCGUCAUGGAAGUAAAGCUGGCAUUGGUGAAAUUUUUGAAGGCCACCAGGGACCCGUCACAGGAAUCAAUUGUCACAUGGCCGUGGGUCCAAUUGACUUUUCCCAUCUCUUUGUCACAUCAUCGUUUGACUGGACAGUCAAGCUGUGGACCACGAAG